GUGGCUGUGACUUUUACGCAUUUUCAUAAAUUAUAGUCUUCCAUUUCGGUUGAAAUACUUUAAACUGUGUUCCAAGUGGGGAUAAAGGAGGUUGGCAACGUGUCAGUUUGGAUUUCAAGUUUGAUAGACUGCCAUGACAACUGACAAGGUUUUAGUUGCAGUUCGUCUUAGGCCUGUUAAUCGCAGGGAGGUUGAGCUGAACACAAAAUGUGUGGCAGACAUGGAGAAAUCCCAGACUGUUCUUUAUCAUCCCCAGGACACGCCCCUAGAUGUGCAUGGUCGGCUGGUGGGCGGAGGUGGUGGCGAGGGAGGUCGGGGCAGAAGGAAGGCCCCAAAAUCAUUUGCCUUCGACCACUGCUUCUGGUCCAUGGACAAAGACAAUCCCAAGUUUGCAAGCCAGCAGGAGGUUUUCCAGAGCCUUGGUGAGCCCGUGUUACAGGGAGCGUUUGAGGGAUACAAUGGCUGUAUAUUCGCAUAUGGACAAACAGGUUCCGGAAAAUCUUAUACAAUGAUGGGUACUAUGGAGGAGAAAGGCAUUAUCCCUCGUCUGUGUGACGCUCUGUUUGAUCAAAUUGCCAAGCGGGAGAACGAGUCGACUGGUUUUAAAAUGGAGGUCUCGUACAUGGAGAUUUACAAUGAAAAGGUCCAUGAUCUGCUGGAUUUAAAGGGGCACAAACAGAAUCUGAAGGUGCGAGAGCACAACAUCCUGGGCCCAUAUGUUGACGGACUUUCCACCCUGGUCGUCAACAACUUCCAGGACAUAAACAAUUUAAUGAAUGAGGGGAACAAAUCUCGGACGGUAGCGGCCACCAAUAUGAACAGCGAGAGUAGUCGAUCACACGCUGUCUUCAACAUCAUUGUCACCCAGACGCUUACAGACCUGAAAACAUCUGUGUCUGGUGAGAAAGUGAGCAAGCUGAGCCUUGUGGAUCUGGCAGGGUCAGAGAGGGCUCAGAAAACAGGGGCCAUAGGGGACAGACUGAGGGAAGGCAGUAAUAUUAACAAGUCGCUAACCACACUGGGUCUUGUAAUCUCGGCCCUGGCUGAGUCGGGAAAGAGCAAGAAUAAGUUUGUGCCGUACCGCGACUCUGUACUCACAUGGCUUCUAAAGGAUAACUUAGGUGGGAACAGUCGGACAGUCAUGGUAGCCACAAUUAGUCCAGCGGCAGACAAUUACGAGGAGACUUUGUCCACUCUGCGGUACGCAGACCGAGCAAAGAGAAUCGUGAACCAUGCUGUCGUGAACGAGGAUCCAAAUGCCAGGAUUAUACGAGAACUGAGAGAAGAGGUGGAUACAUUACAUAAAGAGUUGAAGGAAGCUCAGAGCCUGAAGGCACCGGAUCUGAAGGAGAAGCUUGAAGAGUCAGAGAAACUGCUGAAGGAGAUGAGAAAGACCUGGGAGGAGAAGAUGGCCGAGACCGAACAGAUACAACUGGAGCGUCACCAAGCGCUGGAGGAGAUGGGUGUAUCCGUGGAGACAGAGGGGAUCAAGGUUCAACACAGUCGCUUCUUCCUCGUCAACCUGAAUGCCGACCCCUCCCUUAACGAACUGCUCGUCUACUAUCUCAAGGAGAGGACUGUUGUUGGGUGUCCAAAUGACGAGACAAGGCCCGAUAUCCAGCUGAGGGGACUCGGGAUCCAGCCAACACACUGUAUUGUGGAAAUAGAGGAGAGCGAAGUGUUUGUCACUCCCAUAGAUGGCGCCAGGUCAUGUGUGAAUGGCUCAGUUAUAAGGGAGAGAACCAAGGUUAACUACGGAGACCGAAUCCUCUGGGGCAACAAUCACUUCUUCCGAGUCAACACCCCUGUACAAAACAGGCCACAGACAAACAGCUCCGAUGCAGACCAGACGAUUGACUUCCAGUUUGCUCAGCAUGAGCUGAUGAUGAAAGAGUACAGCAACGAUCCAAUCUCUGAAGCUAUCAGCGCUGUGGAGAAACAGUACGAGGAGGAUAAACAAGUGGCCCUGGAGCAGCAGCGACAGAUGUAUGAGAGACAGAUGCAGCAGCUGCGAUAUCAACUCAUGUCGCCCGGGACCCCCUCCAUGCCCUUCCCUGUGGGGGACAUCAAACUGACACCCACAGGCUCACAGAGUGGCAUACAGAGGAAAUAUCAGCAGUGGGCACAAGAAAGGGACAAGAUGUUCAAACACAGCUUAUCGUUGUUACGUGAGGAGGUGGUGAAGGCUAACGCCCUUGUAAGGGAGGCAAACUUUCUUGCGGAAGAGAUGGGCAAACAGACCGAGUUCCAUGUCACGUUGCAGAUCCCGGCUUCCAACCUCAGCCCAAAUAGACGGCGAGGUGCUUUUGUUUGUGAGCCGGCGAUUACCGUGAAACGACGACAACGCGGGAGUCAAGUAUGGAGCAUGGAGAAGUUCGAGAACAAAAUAAUCGACAUGCGAGACAUGUAUGAGGAGAGGAAAACGUCAGGCGCCCCACUUCGGGUAGACGAAAGUGAUGAAUCAGAGUCGGAUGAGGGCCCACCACAGAAGGGCGACCCGUUUUACGAGUCGUACGAGAACCACAACCUGAUUGGCGUGGCUAACGUAUUCCUUGACUGCCUGUUCUACGAUGUGAAACUCGACUACCAGGUGCCCAUCAUCAGCCAACAAGGGGAGAUUGCUGGCAAGCUGCAUGUUGAGAUCUCAAAACUUGGUGGUGAGAUUAUGGACCGGUUUGCGGACAUCAACUGUGAGGACAGUGAUGAAGAAGAGGAGGGAUCGUCCCCUCUAGGCACACCCCUUAUCAUCAGGGUGAAGAUUAAAGAAGCUAAGGGUCUUCCAAAGGACCUUUCCAACUUUGUGUUCUGUCAAUACACAUUCUGGGACCAUGAUGAGAUGGUGUCCGUGCCGCCCGACAUUAACCCUGAUACCUCCUGCCAGGGACGGACCACAAAAACUGUCAUGUUUGCCCAUGAGAGGGACUUCAAGGUGCACAUGACAGAAGAGUUUGUGGAGUACGCCCAGGACUGUGCCCUCUCUAUCGAGGUCUGGGGUCACAAGGUGAUCGAGUUCGGUCAACAGAUGUCCCAGUUUGACUCCUUGCUCCGCUCCAACUCCAUCGCUGACAGGUGGAUGGAGGUGUCUAGGAAGGUGGAACUAUUUGUGGAGAUACAUGAGGUGAAUGACCAGGGGGAGUAUGCCCCAGUGGAGGUGAAGGCCCAGCCUGAUGUUCCAUGUGCAGGAGUCUUCCAACUCAGACAGGGCCAUGCCAGGCGUAUUCAAGCUCGUAUCAAGUCCCAGUCCAACUCGGGGACGCUUCCCCUCAUCUGUGAUAGCAUCAGUUCUAUAUCAAUCGGUUGUAUCUGCGCACGGUCAAAACUCCAGAAGGGCCUCGACUCGUACCAGGAGGAGGACUUGAACCUGCUGAGAGAACGCUGGAGUGAGGCGUUGUCUCGGCGACAGAAAUACCUUGACAACCAAAUACAGACGUUGAUGAACAAGCAAGACAAAACUGAGGCAGACUGUGACCGAGAGCGAGCCCUUAUUGAACAGUGGGUUUCCCUGACCGAGGAAAGGAAUGCCGUGUUUGUCCCUGCCGCAGGAAGUGGCAUACCUGGUGCUCCUGCUGACUGGACAGUGCCCCAUGACAUGGAGCAACACCGACCAGUCCUGUAUCUGGACCUCAACUCAGACGACAUGACAACACCAAGUGCAAAGGAGGGCCUUCAAGCGGCCAGCAUCAACUCCAUUCUUCCCAAGGAACAGUCUGCCGGCUACAUUGUACUGCAAAACUUCCGAGCGUACAGUGAGAAUGAUCAUGUGUGUGGUGUUGCAUCCUGGGAUUCAUCCAUGCACGACUCCCAGCAUUUAAACAGAAUCACAGGCAACGAUAGUCGGGUUUACCUCAUAGUAAAGGUUAUACUACGUCUGAGUCACCCCGCAUUCAUGGAGGUCGUGCUCCGGAAGAGGAUUUGUGUGAACAUCAAACAUCGUAACAUGAGCCUUACAGAUAAACUGAAGAAAAAAAUGUGGAUGGUUGGGGAAAGCCUUCAUGCCAGCAGGGUCACAUUUGAUGUGGUGUCUAACAUUCCAAAGGCAUCUGAAGACCUAGAACAUAUGGAGAGUCUUGCCCAGAUGGCUGCGUCCCAGAAUGAAGUGAGCGCUGCUGACGGGGAAACGUACAUCGAGAAGUACAUCAAGGGUGUCUCCGCAGUGGAGAGUAUUCUUACGCUGGAUCGGCUACGACAGGAGGUUGCAGUAAAGGAACUACUGGCCAAGAAGGGGCAGUCACUCCGCAAGACAACAAGCACACCUAAUAUAAAUCAGUUUGUCACAACCCCACCAGGGCUUGGCGAAAGGAUGCGGUUUGAGAGCAUCCAGGAUCUGACCAUGCACGAUAACGCGUUGAAGUCUGCCUCGGGAACGCCAGCUCGACCAAAGUCUUUAGAUCUGAAAAUCCCCUCCUCCCUCAAUGUGACCCCUAAAUCUGCCCUGAAUGCCCUGAGCCCUAUGGACAGGAGAAGCAACAUCAAACCCCUGCAGCCUCUUCAGGAGGAGAGAAAUAGGGAGCAUAAACAGCCCCUUAUGGAUGGGGAGGAAGACGAAGAUUAUUUAAGUCCAGAUAUAACCUCAUCCGACUUCCAUUCCGACAAUGCUAAACAGACUUUAGACUUCUCCGAAACAUCACUUGAUACAAGCUUCUCAAAAAAAGAGUUACUGGAAAACAAACAGGAUCUGAUGAGCUUAAAAGAAGAAUUUGCCAAACUCAAGAAAAAAAUUGUGGAACCGGAACCAUCUAGCUCGACUUCAGAUGACUUUCAGGAUUUUGAAUCAUACGAAAGCCAGCAACAAAGUGCAAACGCAACUCAAAAACAAGUGGAUUUUGAACCGACAAAGCCAACUGCCAUAUCCCACUCAACAACUUGUGACAGCAUAGCUGAAAGUCAAGGUAAAGGUUAUACUGCCAGUAUGACAUCUAGUGGCUAUGGUUCGCAGGCAGUCUCAACCUUGACCUUGUCCUCUGAAGAUUCCCUUAGUCUUCGGAGUAAUGAGGAAAAUGAUAACAGCAAAGCAGCGAGGAAACAGGGCAUUGAACAUACAAGCAGUGGUGAGAGUGACGGCGAUGAGAAUGGUCAAGGUUAUAGGGACACUGAAGGUCAAGGUCAUAGUGUUAAUUCUAGUCUGGAUAGCUCUGAGGAGAAAGAUAUAGCCUUGGAAACAGGUGAGGGAAGGAAGACGGAUGAUGGAAGGGCUAAACUUGGUGAAGACGUGAUUGCAAGUGCUAGCAAUGACACUUUGGAAAAUAUGGAUGAAGAUCAAAAUGUUGAUGAUAGGUUAACUAUUGUUGAUGACGUAGAAAAAAUUUCUUUGAAAUCUGAUCUCACAGAUGAUAGUGGUGAAAAUGGCAAUACUGGUGAAGGUGUAAGUCUUCAUAUAAGUGAGGAAGACCUUUCAGUUCAGCCUAAUCCUAGUAAUAAACAAAUUAGUCAAGAAAAUGUGCAAUGUCAUGAUAAUGUAAAAAUAGAUGUAAAUGAUAGUGAAACUAAUGUUAGAGAAGUGGACAGUGUUGAAGAUGAUGUCAGCAAGAAUGCUACAAUAGCUGAUGCAGAAAUAAAGACAGAUGAAGUUUCUGGAGGUCAAAGUUCUGCCGAAAAUGUAUCAAAGUCUUUCAAAGGUAGUGAUAGUUCUUCAAACACUUCCCGUGGCCCUGUACAUUCUGAUAGCAUAGACCCUUACAGUCUUGAAGCUAUGGAAGAGCUGGAAAGGUUAGGUGAUGAAUUUGGUCCAGAUAACUCUGAAUUUACAAUGAAUGAGACUGGUAACAAUUUAGGAGGUGAAAUGGACAAAAGUGGGCGAGUAGGAGGAACGACUCCAAAACGAACGAAAGGACUGAAUGACAGUUUCAGUAAGUGUGAUCUUGAUAUAAAGCCAGAGCAUCAAAGCACUCCCAAGGCAAGAGGUGGUAGUAGGCGGGACGGGAUCAGGUCGGAGCCAAGGCAGAGGCCUGUGUCGUGUAUUGUGACCUCUGGCAAUGAUCUGCUAGAGUGCUCCCUGCAGGAGAGAAACAAACGAAGCAGUAUGGACUUCUCGGAUGAACAUCUGUCAGAAGAUGGCAUGAGUGUGUGCUCCUUUGGUUCGCGUGCAGACCUCGACCGAUUGUCAGAGGUCCCUGUCCCGUCCUGGGUGAUGGUGGGGGAGAGCGUAAUUGUCACGUCCUCCAAGAGUGCCAGCAAGAUGACGGGCGUGGUGCAGUUUGUUGGCAAUGUGGAGUUUGCAAGUGGACCUUGGGUUGGGGUCGAGCUGGACUUGCCGGAGGGUAAAAAUAACGGGUCAGUAAAUGGCAUUCCAUACUUCAAGAGUCGGCCACGACAUGGACUGUUUGUACGCCACGACAAGUUGAUACUCGACAAAAAAAGGAGGGGGUCUCGGAAAAGUGCGGCAAACUUGAUGGGAAGAAAAAGCGUGGGUGGGGGCCACAGCCCUGCGACCAAACAAGGGGGCUCUGUUAAAAGAAAAUAGCUAUGUCAAUGAAAUGACCUUUUUGGCGCUUCAGUCGUGUGAUUGUCUGUUAGCUACUUUUGAGGAUCGAUCAGUCUUGUGUUUCUGCUUAGUUUCAAUCAGAUCAAAUAUUAUUAUUAUUAUUAUUAUUAUUAUUAUUGUGUUCGUUUUUAAUAUGUACUG